AUGACCUCCAAGCAUGCCACACCAGCAACCGCUGCACCUAUGGGCACCAGUCACCGCCGCUCAAGCAGUGGUAUCUCUGAUGACGUUGCCCAAUCCGCUCACGACUUCAUGUCGGGCACCAUUCGACGCUCUAGCAGCGGCGUUACUGACGAUGCUGCAACAGCUGCGCACGACUUCAUGCGAAGCGCAAAAGGCACCGGUCCCGGCCUGACUGAUGAACUCGCCGAAAAAUCCCAUAAGUUCAUGGACGGGCCUGCUACUCACCGCGAAAGUCACAGCAAGUACGUGCCAGACGUGACCGUCCCAGGGUUGACCGAUCAGAUCGUUGAGGAGGCAUUGGAAUUUGAGGACAACGUUGAGAAAACGGGAAAAGCAUAA